AUGGUUUAUGAGUGGGAGAAGCACAGGGAAGUCAUCUUCCAGCUGUAUAUCCAAGAUGGCCGGUCCUUGAGUCAGGUCAUGAUUCAGCUAGCCAGCGAGUAUAGCUUCAGGCCCAAGAAACGAGCAUUGCAGGAUCAACUCAAGAAAUGGGGGUUUCUCAAGAAACAGCACCAAGUCAAGCCCGACGUCCCGCCGGGUCGGGUCACGGAGCUUUGGGAGCAGAACUUGUCGUGGCUACAGAUAGCCCAACAGCUCCAACAAGAGGGCUUUCAAGUGACUGAACAGGAAGUCGCCAAACUAGGCAAGGCCAUGGGAUUAUACAAUAGGCAAGGGGCCAGAGUUAGGUCCAAGUCUACCCAAAGCGGCAUAUCACAACCCUCUCCCGGGAGCUAUUUUGAUGGCGAUUACGCAGGAGAUGAAUCCAUGGUGCCUCGCCGUAAUUCAUCUGUAUCAUCAAUUGAGUAUUUUACUCCAAGAUCCAAGGAGCCUGGAGAUGCGAUGAACCCAAACAGGAUCACAGGGCAUUCUCUGCGUCGUCGCAAGUCUGAAAUGACGCUUACGGCGGCUAAACGCAUGCUGGGAAUAGAUGACGAAAAAAUUGCGGCACUCCGUAAUACAUUUACGGCUAUCUGCAACCGCAGGGGUAUUCGCUCAAAAUCCCACACGACUGAAAAAUGGGAUGAAGCAAUAAGGGACCUGUUGCAUGAGCACCCUGAAUUAUACCCCAGAGUGGGUACGUCCCCUGAGAACGUCGAGAGAAACAUGAAAGCCUUGCAUAUCAUGUGCAGAAAUUUUGCGAAAACAGAGCGUUUGGGGCCAAAGAUGACGCAAACAGACGCCAAAAAUGCCUUGGGAUUAAAUCCUGAGGAGGCUAGGGUGGCACGAGAGAUCAUGAUUACCCUUCUUAAAACAGGAGGGUUCGGAGACAAGCUCGCUGUGACGCCCACGCCUGAUGCUUGGGAGUUGUUGAUGGACCGCUGGGGCACCCGGUACGACAAGAUUGGCAGGGCUAGGGCUUUGAUCGAAUCAGGUAACGAUCCAGACGAGAAGAAACAAAAGGCAUUGGUUGUGUUGUCGCGGGACGUCUUGAAGAGGCUCCGCGAUGAUCGCCCUUCUCGACAGGCCAAAAGGAAGAGUGUCGACGACAUGGAUACGCUGCACUCAAAGCGUCCUCAUGCCGACAAUACGGACGUGAACCUGUACACUGGGGAGUUGGAAACCCAGCCACAGCAAAAUCCUCAGUUGUCUUUUGAUGGAGCAGGCGUGGGAAAUUAUUCACCAAUGAAGACGUUUGAUAAUGUGCCUGAGAGUCCAUUUACUUUCCAGGCAACGUCGAGCCCUGACACCGGCACCAUGAAUCCUUAUCAACCGGUUCAGCCUUCAUCUGGCAAUUUUCCCUUGCAUGAGGCACGGAUAUACGGUUUUCACGGGCACGCGAAUAUGUCGUUACCCGACAUGUCGCAGUAUCAGUCUCCCCCUGAGGCUCCGCUCCCCGGAUUUGCGCACGCGAGCUUCACGGGUGCUCCCUAUGCCACUCAGUCGCAUGGCAAUGCGUCAUUUCAUGCAGUGGCUUCAGGGCAGUGGCCCGCCGUUGACGACACUCCUGGCGUGCUUGGAGGUCCACCCAACGACGGCUCUGACGGUACUAUGACGCUCGCCAAUGGCCAUGGUCACUUUGAAGCCCAUUCAUGGCCUCAAACGUCCAUAGAUGAAGCGGCAUCUGCAUAUUGGCAACAGUUGAUUACCGACUCGGCUGGACAUCGGGCAUAG